UUUAUGUUUGUGAUUGUUUUGAUGUGCACGUGUUUUCAGUAUUCACCGUUGUUACUUUAGGUCAAUCCUAUAUCAAUAAUAAUUAUUCCUGGUAAAAAAUAGUUUUAUUUCAUAAACAUGACAAACAUUAAAACAGAGUCUGCAGAGGAGAGUGUAGUACAACCUGCUGAAGUCGAAUUAAGCUAUGAGGAAAAAGUUGCAAAUUGCAAUGUUAUAGCCAAACCCAUGGCUUCUAAAAAAUUGGCGAAAAAGUGUUAUAAAUUGCUGAAGAAAGCGAUCAAACAAAAGACGUACGUGCGAUGCGGACUAAAAGACGUGCAAACUCGCAUACGAAAAGGAGAGACUGGAAUUGUAAUUUUUGCCGGUGAUGUAAGUCCUGUCGAUAUUAUGUGCCAUCUGCCAGGAGUAUGUGAAGACAAAAAUAUCCCAUAUGUGUACAUUCCUAGUAGAAAAGAUUUGGGUGCUGCAAUGGGAGUGAAAAGGGGCUGUUUGACAGUCCUAAUUCGUUCUCACAACGAAUAUGAAGAGGCUUUUAACGAACUUAAAGAAGAGAUUGCUACUUUAGCUGUAGAUUUGUAGAGCAUAAUUUUAAAAUAUAUUAGGGUUAAGUUUGAA